GAUCUUAUCAUGUCUCCUCCAUCCGAGAAGGCCAUGGAGCGUCUCGGCCCCAACCCAGCGAAUAGCAGCGCUCUCACCCCUAUCGCCUUCCUUGACCGCACAGCCACCGUCUAUGGCGACUCCACCUCCAUCAUCUACAACUCCACCACCUACACCUGGUCCCAAACUCACCGCCGUUGCCUCCGCCUCGCCUCCGCCCUCUCCACCCAUCUCCGCGUCUCCCCCGGCGACGUGGUCUCCGUGUUGGCGCCCAACAUCCCGGCCAUGUACGAGAUGCAAUUCGGCGUGCCGAUGAGCGGCGCGGUGCUCAACACGAUCAAUAUCCGCCUUGACGCGCGCACCAUCUCUGUCCUUCUCCGCCACAGCGGCUCCAAACUCCUCUUCGUUGACGUUGGAUCCCGAUCCCUCGUCAACGACGCCAUCCGUCUCUUUCCUUCGGAUCACCAACCCCCUCGAAUCAUCCACAUCGAUGACCCUUACGAAGAGGACCAUCAACCCCGAGAUCCAAACGAGCUUAGCUAUGAAAACCUAAUCGAUCUCGGCGAUCCGGAGUUCCAGUGGCGGCGGCCGAAGAGUGAAUGGGAUCCAGCCAUACUGAACUACACCUCCGGGACAACGUCGGCUCCGAAGGGCGUCGUCCACUGCCACCGCGGCUUGUUCAUCAUCACUGUCGAUUCGUUGAUCGAUUGGUCUGUUCCAAAGCAGCCGGUUUAUCUCUGGACUCUUCCGAUGUUCCACGCUAAUGGCUGGAGCUUCCCAUGGGGGAUCGCUGCCGUCGGCGGCACGAACGUUUGCCUCCGCCGCUUCGACGCCGCCACGAUCUACACCGCCAUCGCCACCCACAAGGUCACCCACAUGUGCGGCGCGCCAGUCGUCCUCAACAUGCUCGCCAACGCCCCGAUCUCCGCUCGCAAACCCCUCCCCGGCCGCGUUGAAGUCCUCACCGCCGGAGCGCCGCCUCCGGCCGCCGUCCUCCACCGCGCCGAAGUCCUAGGGUUUUCAAUCAGCCACGGAUACGGCCUCACCGAAACCGCCGGCCUAGCCAUCUCGUGCGCGUGGAAAGGCGAGUGGAACAAGCUCCCCGCCGACGAGCGAGCCCGGCUGAAGGCCCGGCAAGGUGUGCGAACCCUAGCCAUGGCGGUGAUCGACGUGAUCGACGAAUCCACCGGCCGGAGCGUCCCCCGCGACGGAUCAACCUUGGGGGAGAUCGUGCUCCGAGGAGGGUGCAUCAUGCUAGGUUACCUCAAGGACGAGAAGGCGACGGCCAAGACAGUGAAAGACGACGGCUGGUUCUACACCGGCGAUGUCGGCGUGAUGCAUCCGGACGGAUACCUCGAGAUCCGAGACCGAUCAAAGGACGUGAUCAUCAGCGGCGGCGAGAACAUCAGCAGCGUGGAGGUGGAGUCGGUGCUGUACGGUCAUCCGGCGGUGAAUGAGGCGGCGGUGGUGGCGCGGCCCGACGAGUUCUGGGGAGAGACGCCAUGCGCGUUCGUGAGCUUGAAGGAGGGUGCGGCGGCGAAGGAGGAAGAGUUGGUGAAGUACUGCAGGGUAAAGUUACCGCACUAUAUGGUACCCAAGUCGGUGAUUUUAAGGGAUGAGUUACCCAAGACCUCAACGGGAAAGAUCCAGAAGUUUGUGCUUAGAGAAGCGGCUAAGAGUUUGGGUCCUACCAGGAUGAGUCGGAUUUGAUAGCCCAGUUUACUGGGUUCUUAGUCUGGUUCCAUUUUGGAUUUAUAUGUAAAAAAGGAUAAACAUUUAGAGAUAUUUAUAAGUGGGUUAAUAAUAAUAAUAAUAAUAAUAAUAAUAAUAAUAAUUAAUUAAUUA